UGAUGUAAAUAAACGGCCGGCGUGUUUUGACGAGUUUUUGUGUCUACGGUCGUCGGUCGCGGUCGCCUCUGUCAGCUGCUGCUGCUCCAGUCGUUUGCGUUGUUCGUCCCGUUUACCGUCCGUCCGUCCGUCGUAUCGCUCGUGCCGACGCUUCAGACCCGUAUACUGAUUAACGGUAUCAACACCAGCAAUAAUCACAACAAUAACAAAAAUAACGUUAUGGUCCAUGUGGUUGACAAAAGUGUGGAGCGCCGCCGCUGCCGUCGUCAGAUGACCAUGCGCCGGUCGGGUCGUUGUCUCGGGUUCGCAUUGCGUCAGUGGUGCUAAGUCGAACCGCAGACGACAGUAACGCCGCAACCGUUUAAUAACGUGUACGCGCGCUCUCUCGAUCAAAAUAUUCAGUGAACGUCACCACGCCGAUCGAAUAGAGUAUAACCGCUGUUAUACCCAAGUGUGGAUGAUAAAUACUCGUUGUCGCGUAAAAUUCGGCUACAAGGUUUCUAGUUUUUUUUUUUACACGUUUAAUAAAAAAUUAGUUCGAUGUGAAUCAUUUCCGCGGACUAUACAAUGAAAGGAGCAUUAUUUGUCGCCGGUUUACUACUGAUCAAUGCGCAGUGGUGGGUACCCGCGAACGCAGGAUGGCAAGAGAACGUGAGACCAAAAAUAUCGGCAGUUCGAAUGUCCGAACAUAGUAGGAUAUUUUCUGGUAACAACACACACACGGAUUACUUUAAAACUUUGCUCAGGGAUGGUAACAAUAUUUUGAUCGGAGCCAGGAACGCGGUGUAUAACAUAAGCUUGGCUGAUCUAUCCGAAAAUCAAAGAUUGGAAUGGCACUCAACUGAUGCUGAUUACAAAAUGUGCUUAGUCAAAGGAAAAGAUGAGGAUAACUGUCAGAAUUAUAUCAGAGUGUUGGCGAAAAUAUCUGCUGGCCGUCUCCUCGUUUGCGGUACCAAUUCGUACAAACCUCUUUGCCGGGAAUACGUUAUUGAGCCUGGAAAAUAUAUAUUGAGCAAAGAGAGUCCUGGCCAAGCAGUAUGUCCGUAUGACCCGAAACAUAACAGUACAUACGCAUAUGUUGAUGGGAAUUUAUUCUCCGCCACAGUUGCAGAUUUUUCCAGCAUGGACCCUAUUAUUUACAAAGAACAGUUACAGACCGAACAGUAUGACUCAUUGAGCCUGAAUGCUCCACAUUUCGUGCAUUCCUUUGCCCAUGGCGAUUUUGUCUACUUCUUCUUCAGAGAAACGGCUGUCGAAUAUAUAAACUGCGGAAAAAAUGUAUUUUCUCGGGUAGCGAGAGUAUGCAAAAACGAUCGCGGUGGACCGCAACAGCUCAAAAACCGGUGGACAUCGUAUCUGAAGUCUCGUCUCAACUGUUCUGUACCUGGCGAAUUUCCAUUUUACUUCAACGAAAUACAAUCGUCAACGGACUUGGUGCAGGGUGUCUAUGGCACCAAACAGCAUUUCAUGAUGUAUGGCGUGUUUACGACACCAGUCAACAGUAUAACUGGAUCGGCGGUUUGCGCAUUCUCGCUAUCUGAUGUGCUUGAUUCGUUCGAGGGUGAGUUCAAGGAGCAGACUUACAUGAACGGUAACUGGUUACCAGUACCCGGGUCCAAGGUGCCCGACCCCAGACCGGGCCAAUGUGCCAACGACUCCCGGACACUCCCUGACCUCACGUUGAACUUCAUCAAGAGCCAUUCGCUAAUGGACGAGGCUGUUCGGUCGUUUUACCAACAGCCAAUUAUUGUUCGUACGAGCGUCAAUUAUAGGUUUACGGUAAUUGCUGUGGACCCGCAAGUAAAAGCUAUCGAUGGAAAGACCUACGACGUCCUCUUUAUUGGAACAGAUAGCGGAAAAGUACUGAAAGCAAUAAACGCAGCCAGCGCGGACACCAACGAAAAAGUGAGUCCGGUCGUCAUUGAAGAAUUAUACGAGUUCGGCGGUCCCGGGACCACUACUGCCGUGCGAAACAUUAAACUCGAAGAAAAAAGACUGCUGGUCAUUACUGAUAGACAAGUGGUAUCGCUUCCACUCGACAGAUGUCAAAAUGCACUUAUAGUCACAUGCGGCGAAUGCAUUGGUCUCCAAGAUCCGUAUUGUGCGUUUGACAAAGUCUACAAGAAAUGCCGUUCGAUGCGCGAAGUGCCUUCCACCCGAUGGAAUGAAUUCAUCCAGAACAUUCAGACCGGAUUACACCACGAAUGCCCUUCGGCAUCUAACAGUAGAAAAGAUUCGAGCAUAGGGUUCGCUUCUAAUGCCCAAAGUGGCGCUAUUGGGAAAUCAAUCGAAGACGCCGGUGAUACGAUAAACCUGUCACAAGAUGACCAAGCUCCACCAUUUGGUGCCAACAAUGACGAUGUAAGAGUAGACGAACGCCAGGAUGGCAGUUACACUAUGGAAACUGUACUGACAGCCGUAUUCGCCGCCUGUUUGGCUGCGUUGCUGACGGGAUUCCUGGCUGGUUACGCGUGCGCCCGGCGAUGCACAAAGAGCGAGGACGAUAACUUACCAUACCCAGAUACCGAAUAUGAAUAUUUUGAACAACGGCACAACAUGAACGCGAGAAGACUCGGCGAGCCCAAAUUACUGCCACAAGAGGAGGUUACGUACGCUGAGCCCGUGUUGAUACCGCCGAAUAAGGUGAUACACGGUUCACCGAAAGCCACAUUGAGACAUGCGCCAAUGCCACCGAUGGGCUUCACUCAGUUCCAACCGAACGGCGCUCAAGACAGUUACUAUUCUCAGCAACAGAAUAUUCGCGAUCAUUUCGGCACGCUCCGGUCGCAAAGAGAACACAAAAACGACGGAAACAAUUAUCACCACCGGGACGGUUUCGGGACGACGCGCAGCGUGAAAAAAGUGUACCUCUGAGGUGCGUCGGAGGGGAGGGCAAGACCACCGCGUCAACACAACGCGAACGCUAGCAGCUCGUCAUCGCCUUCCCCUCCGAGUUCGUCGCCGUCACCGCCGGCAUCGCCUUCAUUGGCCGCACGCAUAACACCGCAGCAACAGCAACAACCGUCGUCGCAGCAGCAGCAACAACAACAACAACAACAGCUGCAACUACAGCAGCAGCAACAGCAGCAACAACAACUUCAACAGCAACAAAUUCAACAGCAACAACAACUUCAACAGCAGCAACAACUUCAACAGCAACUGCAACAACAACCGCAACCACAGGCUCCGUGCAGUUUCAUAUACAGAGCAGGCGUGUGAUGAUCUGUUUGGAAUAGUCGGCAGUCGUGUGUCGAUUGGUUUACAUAUAAUUUUUUUUUUCAAAGACUAAGACGUGUAGUUUUACACACUUUGACGAUGACUUUGCUCCGUUUAUAGUAAUAAUAAUUUAUUAUUAUUAUUAUUAUUCAUCUUAUAUGACUUGACACAAUGUAUACAGACACACACCGAUGGAACGUUAUCGUCGUUUCGUCGGUAGACAGUUGUAGGCGCGUUUAUAUUAUAUAAUUAUAUUUAUAUAUAAUCAUCCACUUUUAUGUAUAAUAAUUAUUAUACUUAUUAUUAUUAUUAUGUCAUAGACGUCGACAUAAGUUUCAAUUUCCCAGUCGAUUUUUUUUUUUUUUUUUUUACUUAGAAACGUAAGAUAUAGAUAUAACAUUUUUUUCUAGAUUUGCUGAAAAAAAAAAUUAAAAAUAUGUGAUAGUUAUUUUAAAAGUCUUUAUAAAUAUAUAUAUAUAUUAUAUAUUCUUUUUUUAUUUAGAACAUAACUUACACGCUUUAAUUACGUAAUUUAUUUUAUAAACAUAGUCUAUAUAAUAUGUUUAUUGUUUUUUUCGCCAAAUAUUAAGACUUUGAUUUAUUUUAGAAAAGUUACUAUUAACUUAUACCUAUUAAGUCAGGUUGUUUUAUUAUUAUUAUUAUUAUUAUUAUUAGAUAAAUGUCAAUUUUUGUCCUGUAAAUAAUAACCACCAAAGUUUAAUCGUCUUAAUUUUAUUGUUUCGUUUUAUUUUUUUACUUUUUUAUUUACCAAAACCAAAGCAGACAUGUUGUAAAUAAUUAUACUAUAAACAUACUUAUUUUUCUAGUGAUUUUACUUUUUUAAAGAAUAAAUCAACAUAUAUGUCUUAAAUAUUACUAUUUAUUAUUUUUGAAUAGUUAUUUUAUCAUAUUUCUGUUGUUUAACAUAUACAAUUCUUAUAAAUAUGUAUUAUUAUAUUCUGCUUUUUACUUAUCAUUAUUAUUAUAAAGUUUAAAAAUUGUAUAUAAGAUUCCAUCAUUUAUAGUUUAAAAUUAAACGUUAGAUUAAACAUAAACUUAAAUAGACACCAAUUUUAAGAUAAACAAAAUUAUUUUACCUGUCUUUGUAAUAUCAAAAGGUUUUAUUUAGAAUUCUGAUUUUUUUUGUUUUAUUAUUAAUAUUAUUAUACACAUUUUUAAAUAUUUACAACUCAUUUAGUUUUUAUUCAAACUAUCAGUUUACUUUCAACUAGAGAUCACAAGUAAAAGAGUUGCUACCUACUUACUCUUGUUAAACAUGUUCAUCUCGAUAAAAACAUAACAUAAUUUACCCACAAAUUAAAUACAAAUUAUUUUAAAAUAUGAAUAGUCCAUACACAUUUAUUUUGCACAUUUUUAUCACGUUAAUACAUUUUAUGGUCUUCCAACAUAGUAUAAUAAUUUGUCAAUGCACAAUGAGAAAUCAUUUAUUUACUUUCACAUUAUGUUUAAUCUUUAUUAUAUAGCGUGUAAUGAAUUACUCCAAAAAGAUUAAUUAUUAAAGUUUUUAUUUUACUAAAAUAGUUUAGGUUGUAACUGUUGGAUUCAAAUUUCUAUUAUAUAGUUUAAUAUUUUCAUCAUCAUCUAUAACAAAAGGAUAAAUAGGUUAAUCCCAUAUCGGCUAAAUUUGGGGCUACGGUAAUUUUUUUUUCACAGAAGUGAGACGGACAGUACGCCUUUUAGCAAUAGAAGAUAAACAUUGUGAAAGUUUUUGAGUUAAUGUGCAAACACAAUGUAAUAUUCAGAAAAUGAUAAUACUUUAAAAAUGUAUCACUAAAUUAAUGAACAUUGUCAUCCUAUUUCCAAAAAAAUGGUGACCUAUCUAUUUCUCUAAAGUUCAUGUCUUAUCAUUUUCUGUAUUAUCUACGCUCAUAAUCAAUUAUUUUUUGGUACCGGUUACUAGAAUUAUAAUAUUUUAAUUGUAUUCAUGUAAUUACUUAAACAUAUUUCGGAAAUAUUUAAUUAUGUAAAUAUUUUUUGUUUUAUUUUUUAUUACAAAAUAUGUUUCAUAUAAAAAUAUUAUGUGUUCAAAUUUAUAAAGUGAUUAUAUGUUCGUGGGUACUUCUAUUACAUUUCCAAGCCCUAUUCGAAUUUCGGAUGCGAACCACCAUCAUUUUGAAAUGUUGACUUUAAAAAUAAAUUUAUUAUAAUAAUAACAUACGUUUGAGCACGUUCCAUUUGGUAGUUUUAUUAAAUUUAUCACACCAUAUUUUCAAUAGUAUUUUUUGUCUAAUAAUAAUCGAUACUCACUUCAUAGAAUAAUAGCUGAAAAGAGAAUAAUACAAUUCUCCAUAGCCCUUAUUAAGAUUAUGUGAUUUAAUUUUCAAUAAUUCACCAUGUGAAGACCACAUUCAUAAACGUAUUAUUAUUGUAUAGAUUGUAUUGUUCAAUAAUUUAAACAUUAUUGUCUUUGGCAAAACUAUCAUUGUAAUAGUGCUAGAGGACAUUUUUACAUUUAUUUGUUAUUCUAAAAGUAAAGAUAAGUAAUGUGAUCAAAUAUGUUACUGAGAUAUUUAUUUAUUGUAUUGUAUUGUAUUGUAUUUUUUUUUUAUGUCAAAUAUAAUUAUUAAUUAUUGUAAUAAUAUUAUAGUCUGCCACGGGGUUCUACCAGACGUUUUGUAUUGCGUGUUACAAGACAUGAUAGGUGGAUUGUAAUAGAAAAACUAAAUUUUCAAUUCGAAUUUAGUUUUCCAAAUCAAACUAAGUAGGUAGUUGAACAAUAUAAUAUGUAAAGUUUAAAUAUUUGACUGUGCUUAGUUUAUUUUUCUAUUAAAUAUAUAAUAUUAUUGUCGCAUACUGUAUAGAUGAUAAUGAAUCCAUUGUAAAUUUUAAUAAUAAUAAAACAACAUUCCAAAAAUUCUAAUAAAAAAAAAAAGAAAAAAAAGAUGAUAUAUUCAUUACACGUAGUUGUAUAAUUUUUUAACUGUUAGUAAUUUUAUCAAUUUAUAUUUAAAAAAAUAAAUUAUUUGUAUUUUAUAUCUUUUUUCUUUUUUACAAUAUAUUUAUUUUAUUUACUUAGGAGAGUAGUUUAAAAGUCUUUUAUACUUUAGAGCUUGGCACUAACUUGUAUGAAAAAGAGCAACUGAGACUGUAGAAGAAGCUCUAAGAUAUAAACAUAUUGCAUGCUAAAUUUUAAAAAUUACCGCAUAUUGUAUAUUCGUAUAUGUAUCUACGCAUAAGUUAGCAUGUGAAAGUUCCAUUUAUUUAUAUAACUAAACAUUAUAUUUUUUUUGUACAAUUUUUUUUUCAUUUGUAAAUGAAAUCAAACCAAACGUACUGAUUGCAUAUACCUAAUAUUAAUUACGGUUAUUAAAAUGGUUAAUAGUUUACAUAUUAAAUAAAAACAAUUUCUAUUAGAAA